AUGAAGCUCAAAUCUGCUGCAAACUUUUCCGAUACAGGGGCAAAACGGGCCCCCAGACAAGAUCCGGUGUCCUGCGAAUCUUGCCGGCGAAAGAAGCUCAAAUGCAAUCGUCAGCGACCAUGCAGUAGCUGUGUUACUCGAAGGCUGUCCUGCAGCUAUGGUAUAUCGCUGGAGAGGAUUGAACCAGCGAUAGUUGAGGUGGAAAAUGCAAGCCACACUAAUACUGCUCCAUCAAGUCAAGGCGUUAGGGGCCAGCCGAGGGAGGCUGCCACCAUGACGGUUCCUUCUAUCACGGAUCCUCGAUCAUCGCGAACAACUAAUGAAUCGGCCAAAACAGCGGACUGGCUAGAAAACAUACUCAUGUCCGAUCGAGUUCCAAGUGUAGUUUCGAGGCAUCUGCAGGACGAAGUCGGCCAGUCUGAAGCCGCUCAUGACCCAUCCAGGGACAAUAGAGAGCCACGUCUCGGUGAAGCGGUCCCAGAUUUUUUUCAGCAUCGGCUGGCAUCAAGUGAAAAUCCGAUGACGGUCGAUCUCGUAUCUUACCUUCCAGAGAUGUCAAAAACAAUAUCAUUGUUCAGAUACUAUUGUCAAUACAUCGAUUAUCUGUAUCAUGUCAUCAUUCCAUUGCGUGUCGAGGAUCAAAUCAAUUGCAUCUACCACUGCAUCGACACAGCCUCACCAGUCAAUUCAUCCCACUUAGCGCUAUUGUUCAGCAUCUUGGCCAGCUCUGUUUAUUUCCAGUAUUCCAAUGGUCUGUCUACUUUUGCAGAAAGAUGUAGCCGCGAAUUCGUUUUCUUGACUGGUGCCGCAUUGAUAAGGAGCAAUUACACUGCAUGUCCUACACUUGAGGGACUCCAGGCGUCGCUCAUUGUCAUGCACUAUCUGCCUAAUCCAAGUUUCCACUCAUCGGUCUGCUCUCUGUUUCUUCACGGGACGAUCAUUGGUCAGGCAAAAAGUCUCAUGCUGCAUUGCAUUGACUCGCCCCGCUGCCGAGAAGAAAGGGAAGCGAAUGGAUUCGACGCACAUGAGCUUGAACUAAAGAGACGACUUUGGUGGGAUAUAGCGACUUUUGAUUGGCAAGUUUUCGCUAUACGAUGA